UCAGAAUCACAGCGCACCAGUCUGCACAUCCUCGACUCACCAUGGCCCAGUCUCCCAGCCAGCAGAGCACCAGCUACAGCUCCCAGGGCAUGUCCACCGGCCGUGGUAACUCCGCCGCCUGUGGCAGCUCCACCGCCCGCAGCACCUCCACCUCCUGCGGCACCUCCACCGCCCGUGGGAGCUCCGCUGCCUGCGGCACUUCCACCGCCCGUGGCAACUCCACCUCCUGCGGCUCCUCCACCGCCCGCAGUGUCUCCGGCAGCAGCGCCUGCAGCCUGGGCGGACGGAUGAAUGGACGCUCCUCCGCUGGCUGGGUGCCCAGCAUGUACGGAGGAGCAGGAGGUUUUGGGACCCGCAUAGCCCAGUCCUCCAACUCCUCCUCAUCCUCUGCAUCACUGAACAUGGGCGGAGGGGCCGGCGUGGUCGUGGAUGGGAAGUUGACCAUGCAGAACCUCAACGACCGCCUGUCAACCUACCUGGACAAAGUGCGCUCUCUGGAAGCAGCCAACAGGAAUUUGGAGCAGCAGAUCAGAGACUUUUAUGAGAAGAGAGCUAACGAUGUCCCUGACUACAGUUGCUACUACGCCACCAUCAGUGACCUGAGAGCUCAGAUUGAAAAGCAAUGGUCAGAGAAUCAGAACAUCAUGUUGCAGAUCGACAACAGUCGGCUGGCUGCAGAAGACUUCAAAACAAAAUAUGAAUUUGAGCACCACCUGCACAAGGUAGUGGAGGCUGAUGUGCUUCGUCUCCGCGGGGUCCGGGACAGCAUGACUCUUACCAUCAGCGACCUGGAGAUGCAGAUAGAGGGUCUGAAGGAUGAGCUAGUGUGCAUGAAGCAGACCCACAAGGAGGAGACAACUCAGAUGAGGCAGCAGAGCAAGGGUUCUGUGAAUGUAGAGGUGGACAUUGGCUGCUCUAUUGAUCUGUCAAAGCUCCUGGAGGAAGUGAGGGAGCAGUAUGAAAAUGUGGUGAAGAAGAACAAGCAUGAAGUUGAAAAAUGGUUCCAGUCUAAAGUGGAAACCCUCCAGAAGACUAUUGUUACCUGUGAAACAGAAGCGAAGGCAAGUGCCAAAGAGGUGGCAGAGCUGAAGAGGACGUACCAGAGUUUGGAGAUCAACCGGAACAGCGCCUAUGCAGAGCUCGAGCUCCUGGGGCAGAACUUGAAAGAAGUGAAGACCUGUUACGGCGCUCAGCUCUGCGAAAGCCAGAGGCGCGUCACCAUGAUGGAGACGGAGCUGCAGCAGCUGAAAGCCUCCAUCGAGCAGCAGCAGGUCUGUUACAAGCAGCUGCUGGACAUCAAGAUGAGGCUGGAGAUGGAGAUCGCUGAGUACAGGAGGCUGCUGCAGGGAGAUCAGUGUGUGCAACAGCUGACUACCCAGUGCACCCAGGCCCCCCAGGCCCCCAAGGCCCCCCAGGCAACCCAGGUCACCCAGUGCACCCCGGUCGCCCAACCGACCCAGGUGACCCAGGUCGCCCAGGCUCCCCAGGUCCACAAGAAGGUGGAACAAAAAGGGGAAGAACAUAAACCCCACAUCGAGAGGCGGGUGAAGACCAUUGUGCAGCAGGUCGUCGAUGGACAGGUGGUGUCCUCCUCCGUUGACACCCAAGUGGAGACCAUUCAGUAAUGCUGCUGCUAAACCCUAUACACUGACUUAAAUGGCGUAAAUGAUGUUCAGUGUAUCUCUGUCACAUGGGUUUAAUUAAGGCUUUAACCGUAAUUUACUUUUAAGCUUGCAAAAGCAGUUCAGCUUCUUCAGUGAGUUACGUUGGUAUUUUCAUUCUUGAUUGGUGAUGUAGGGAAAAGUUUCAGUGAGUGAUGAUAUUUACCUGGUGGAUGCUUCUUCUGAUAAGUCACAAUAUGAUUUAAAGUCAUACAGAUGAUGCGCUGUCUUAAUUAUAACUCUGAGAGGUGGAUGGUAUGAAGGCAGACUGUGUUUUUGAACAAUUUCAUCAUAAAGUCAACUGAAACACUUUUGUUAUAACACUUUAAAAUUAGUAUGUGAAGCUCCUCAGACAUCCAGGUCAUAGUAUAACAAUAACAACACCAACUGCAUGCGCUUAAAGUCACCAUCUCCUCCUGACUGUCCUGACAAUAAAAAUACUGCAGUGCUUGAUAAAAA